AUGGCUGCCGCUGCAGAAGCUGUUGACACCACUCAAGGCCUUCUCAACAUCAACAUGAUGAAUAUUACCAAGCUCACCUCUACGAACUACAUGACCUGGAGUCUCCAAGUCCAUUCCCUCCUUGACGGAUACGAGCUCGCUGGAUAUGUUGACGGAUCCUCCGCUCCCCCAGAUCAGAUGCUCACCAACACCGACCCACCAACACCAAAUCCGGCGUACAAGACGUGGAAAAGACAAAAUAAACUCAUCUACAGUGGUCUUCUUGGUACUCUCUCUCCAACUCUGCAACCGCUUGUGUCCAAAACCAAAUCCUCUGCAGAAAUGUGGAAAACGAUCUCCACAACCUAUGCCAAUCCCAGCUGGGGACAUAUUCAACAACUCCGCCUGCAACGCAAGCAAGCUUCCAAAGGUGAAAAAUCUAUUGAUGAUUAUAUGCAGUCUCUUACUACUCGAUUCGAUCAAUUGUCUCUUCUUGGCAAACCUCUUGCGCAUGAAGAACAACUUGAGUUCAUCUUUGGUGGUCUCCCUGAAGACUUCAAAUCUGUUAUUGACCAAGUGGAAGGUCGUGAAACACCACCGUCUAUUCUCGAAGUUCAUGAAAAGCUCAUCAACAAGGAAGCCAAGCUCAUGGCCGUAGCCCACUCCAACACAACUACGGGACCAACCUCUGCUCAUGUUGCCACUACUCGUCUUGGUAACUCUGGAAAACAGUUUCCUCGCCAAAACCAGCACUGGAACAACAACAAACACAACUCACGACAGGACACUCGCAUGACACGAGGCUACCAAGGUGAAGGAUCUGAUCUUGGGGAUCCCAUUACUCCAAGGGAAAACUAA